UUCGACGUUCAUUUCGUUCUCGUAAACCCUAGAAAUCGGUUUAUAUUUCUACGAAUUUUCUGCUUCUCUGCUUCUUCUUCUCGCAGAUGAACUAAUUUUGCCGCCCUUUUCGGAUUUUGAUUGCUCUUGGUCGAGUGAGAAAGUGACGUCGUGGAAUCGAUGAAAGGUUGCGGGAUGCAAAGUUUGUCUCUAGGUGUUGUUUCUACAGAAGUUCUGGUCUUUUGGAUUUUGAAAUCAGGUUAUAGAAAAUCAGCAAUGGCUUUCUUCAGUAAAUUCGGAAACAUACUGAAGCAGACAGCGAGCAAGCAGCUGAAUGGCCAAAGCUCUUUACCAAGCCCAUCGAUUUUCCAAGUGAUAAGGUGCAUGUCAUCUUCAAAGCUCUUUGUAGGAGGUAUCUCCUAUAACACAGAUGACCAAAGCUUGAGAGAAGCCUUCAGUAGACAUGGUGAAGUCCUCGAAGCUAAGGUUAUUGUUGACCGUGAAACGGGUAGGUCAAGGGGCUUUGGUUUUGUCACUUACACUUCUUCUGAGGAAGCCUCUAGCGCUAUCCAGGCAUUGGAUGGAAAGGAUCUCCAUGGUAGGUAUAUUAGAGUGAACUAUGCAAACGAUAGAUCAGGUGGUGUCCGUAGUUCUGGGUUUGGUGGAAACUAUGGCCCCCCUGGUGGUGGUGGCUAUGGAGGCGGUGCUGGUGGCUAUGGAGCCAGUAGCGGUAGUGGUGGUUAUGGUGGUGGUAGUAGGGGUGAUGGUUACAUCCAAGGUGGAACCGGUGGAGGGUAUGAAGGUGGCAGCUCUCAAGUCGGUGGUGACUUUGGAGGCAACAACCAGUUUGACGUCAGCGGUGGAGAUUUCAGUGGCAAUAACCACUUUGAUUCCAGUGGUGGAUUAAGGAGCGAGGGUCAAUUUGGAAACAACAACAACAAUCAUGUGAAUAUGGGUGAUGAACCAGUGGAAGGACGGAGAGAUGGAUGAUAGCGAUGUUGCCAAAAGAGCAUGAAGAUUCAGAACAUGGACGAUGAACCAAUCAAAUUUGUUAUGUUUUUUUUUAAUGUUAACUCAUGUACUCUUCCUGUUUAUAUCUUUAUAUUUGUUGUGCUUGUGACAGUGCCACCAUAUACCUGUCUGAAAACAAUAGUGUUUGCGCAAUUGGAGAAAGAAUUGUAGCUAAA